UGUACUUGUAACUAUAUUUUUCGUUGUGGUUUAUUGUGAGAACCAAACAAAUUGCUAGAGAGAUAAACUCCACUACCCAGAAGAAUCCCAGUUUGCAAGGACGCGAGGAUUAAGCAUAGAAGCUUGUGGUGCGCGCUGCGGUUUCGGAACUGACGACAGCAGGAAUAACUGGUUAUAAGUGUAACGAUAUAAAUGGUGCGAAGUGUAAGAAGAGGCGUACGUGGACGAGGGGGAGGAUUUGGGGGGAUUUUCGUGCAGAGGCCAGAACUACAAGAUGAGCCAUCUCCACUACAAAAUGUACCGACACUAAGAGAUGACACUGACGACUCAUCGGAUGACUCCACCCAACCACCUGAUGUAGUAUUCGAAACUGAGUUCCCGGAACAGCAAGAUCCUAGUACAGUAGCUGUGAGUAAGAAACAAGGUCGGGGACGGGCAAAAAUGACAAAAUUUGACAUGCUUAGAAAGAUUGGACUGAUUCCAUUGCUAAUCAAGGAAGGGGACACAAAGGUGUCGUGUGAGAAUGCAAACGUAUUUAGUGGUAGAGUCACAUGGAUCAUCAAGCAUUAUGCUAACAUGGGUUACCAACGUUGGAAUGAUGUGCCAGAAGCUGAACAAGAGGAGUUGUGUGCUCGUGUCCGAGCUGACUUUAUUAUACAAUGGGAAAAACCAAAUCAUCGUAAGACGAUUACCGAGCAACUACAUAGGAGGUUCAAUUCUUUCCACUACGACUUACACAAAAUCUACCUCGAGUAUGGAAGUCAUAAAGUUGCUGUUGCUAGAGGGACCUCCAUGGUGGAUGAAGCAGUAUGGAGGAAAUUGUGCAUGCGUUGGGGUAGCAAGGAGUUUAAGGUAAAAUCGUGUGAUUUGGGACCUUGUCAUUGCAAAACAAGGCGAAUAGAGCACUACAAUGAACCAACCAUACUACUGGCAGGAAGUCCUUUGUUCGAAUACUGGCCGAGCAACGUGAUGGUGUUGCUAAUCUGGUGGACUUUUUUAAAGAGACUCGUUGGUCAAAGAAGAAAAAUGGGUUUGUGACCAACAUGACUGAAGAGCUUCAUGUGAGUUACAUGUGCUGAUCUCAAGGGAAGUACCCAGUAAUAUUAAGUUGUAAUUAACUUAAUAUUAACUACCUAGGCUAGAUCUUGUUUUGUUAUUAACUACCAAUGACUUAAACCUUAUGUAUAAAAUUUCUCAUAUUAUUUUGGAAGGACAAAAUGGUAGAAAAGCCGAAUGAGAUGGAACCAGAAGAGCGGACUAAGGACGCAGCUGCUGCAGUGUUCAGGGACGUUCUAGGAAAAAGAUCAGGCUAUGAAAGGGGUUUGGGCGAGAAGGUGAUGCCUAUAACAUCAGGAACAGUGAGUGCUCCUGAGAAUGGAGGUGUCUUGUCAGAGGAUGCAUUGUUUUACAAGGCCCAAUUUGAGGCACUAAAGGCCAAUGUUCAGCAAAUAUUGGUCAAGCAAGCGGAGUUUGAUAAAUUUAUGACAUACUCAAUGUCACAGCAGCUGCCCCAGGGAGAGUCUCCGAGGGAGACACCGGGAGCUGUCUAACUUUGGUACACAACACUUAUUGGGAUUUUUUGGUUUUUUGAGAGGCAAUGGGAUGACGUCCUAGUGGGUGGUUGUCUGUGGUAAUUUUGUGAGUGCUUCUCUAGACACAUGGUUGGGUACAUGGUUGGCCAUAUUAAAGAGGAAUUAUGCCUAUUUUCUGUUUAUUAGCAUUGCUGAGAGGUCCUAAAUAUACGCACUUGGAAGUGAUAGACUAAAGGGACUGCUGCAUGCAUUAUUAACACAUGCUUAGCAAGAUCCAGAUCUUGCAGGAUACAAAGGAUGGGCAAUGGGUUGUAUGAAAUGAUGCUGUAGCCAUGGAGCACUGCAAGAGGGACAGCUUGUGGCAUUUUGCAUGUACUACAAGUGUCAAUAUUUCCAGAAUUUUUGUUGUGGGGGUGAUAGUGCCCUAAACAG